UCUUUUUUAUGAUCUCUUAGCUCCUCGGCUACAUGGAAAGCGAGCCUCUGACUUUGCAGCUGUUCAUUGGCACGGCGGACGACCGGCUGCUGAGACCCCACGCCUUCUACCAGGUCCACCGCAUCACGGGCAAGACCGUGUCCACGUCCAGCCACGAAGCCUUGCACAACAACACCAAAGUUCUGGAGAUCCCGCUGUUGCCAGAGAACAACAUGCGGGCCGUAAUCGACUGUGCUGGCAUCCUGAAGUUGCGUAACUCCGACAUAGAGUUGAGAAAGGGCGAGACGGACAUCGGGCGCAAGAACACGCGCGUGCGGAUGGUUUUCAGAGUCCACAUCCACCAGGCAACCGGCAGGACGGUGUCUCUGCAGGUUUCCUCAAAUCCUAUCGAGUGUUGUAAGUAAACUUCUGUUUUUUUUUUUUUUUACAGCUUUAGGGUUGAGUUAUCAACCAGCAGUCAGAAUGUAAUGCUCUCAUAAAAUCUCUGCUUCAUGCAAAAAAUACCACAAAAGAACCUGUUAGGAAUUGAGAUUAUUAAUCAUAUGCUUAUAUUUUUUUAUCAUGAGUUGAUUAAAAAAACUCUAUUAGAAUAUGACAUAAAAACUGACCAAAUUAAACAUUUCCACAUGUAUCCCUCAGUUUUUUACACCUAAAAAGUUCAAAAACAUGCUUUUUAAAUGAGUGUGAAUCACAAAUUUGAUCAAAAAGGUGGCAUAAAAGAUGAAAAAGAACACUCAUUUUAAGAAAAAAGUGAA